UCCUCUUCAUCGCUUUCUUUAAAGCACACCCGUUACAGAAUAAUCAGCCAACACCGGAAUCCAGCAAAGGAUAGUAAUUUCCCACCAGCACCAUGACUCCAGCUGAUCAACUUGUUUGUCUGCGCCAAGGUAACCGGCCUAUUGAGGAAUUUGUAGAAGAGUUUUGUGAACUACAACAUCAGGUAGAUUUCAAAGACUCUUUCCUGAAAGAUAUUUUUUACUGUGGAUUAGAUCGCAGCAUUUCCUGUUCUAUGCCACUCCAUACACCACACUGGACUUUAGAACAUUAUAUUGAUUAUGCUCUGUGUUUGUGUGGCUCUCCCUUCACUGUCGGUGUUGUGAAUAGCAAACCAGAGGCUAUUCACAACACGCCAAGCCCUGCUAUGCCUGUUUUGUCUAUGCCUGUUCCUAAAAUGGCUGCCACCAUGCCUGUUCCUAAAAUGGCUGCCACCAUGCCUGUUCAUAAAAUGGCUGCCAUCCUGCCUGUCCCUAAAAUGGCUGCCAUCCUGCCUGUCCCUAAAAUGGCUGCCAUCCUGCCUGUCCCUAAAAUGGCUGCCAUCCUGCCUGUUCCCAAAAUGGCCGCCAUCCUGCCUGUCUCUGCACUUGCACCUGUUUUGGAGAGAGCUACUGUUAUCCCUGCACCUGAAUUACAGAGAGUCAUCGUCACCACCACACCUGCACUCAUGAGGGCUACUACCCACCCAGCACCUGACGUCCAGAUGGCCACCCUGCCUGAACCGACGACCACAGAGGUAUGUCUCAUGGACUCUGUUAUUUCUGAAUUUGCCAUAGCCCUGUGGUGCGUCUGGUCUGCCUGCUGCUUGUUUGUCCCCUGUGUUUCUCAAGGCCCUGAACCCGAACCCCUGGACUCAUUUGAUCUGCUUGAUUCAUCCGAUCCAUCUGAUUCAUCCGGCUCAUCUGAUUCAUUCGAUUCAUCUGAUUCAUCCGACUGCUCUGAUUUCAUCGACUCCUAUGAUUCAUCUGAUCUGCCCGUCUCAUCUGAUCUGCCCGUCUCAUCUGAUCUGCCCGUCUCAUCUGAUCUGCCCGUCUCAUCUGAUCUGCCCGUCUCAUCUGAUCUGCCCGUCUCAUCUGAUCUGCCCGACUCAUCUGAUCUGCCCGACUCAUCUGAUCUGCCCGACUCAUCUGAUCUGCCCGACUCAUCUGAUCUGCCCGACUCAUCUGAUCUGCCCGACUCAUCUGAUCUGCCCGACUCAUCUGAUUCGUCUGUCCUGCCUGAUUCGUCUGUCCUGCCUGAUUCGUCUGUCCUGCCUGAUUCGUCUGUCCUGCCUGAUUCGUCUGUCCUGCCUGAUUCGUCUGUCCUGCCUGAUUCGUCUGUCCUGCCUGAUUCGUCUGUCCUGCCUGAUUCGUCUGUCCCGUCUGGUUCGUCUGGCUUACCUGAUUCACCUGUCCCAUCUGAUUCAUCUGCCUCACCUGAUUCACAUGAUUCGUCUGACCCACCUGAUUCAUCAGAUUCGUCUGUUCUGCCUGAUUCACCUGUUCCGUCUGACUCAUCUGAUUCAGCUGUCCUGCCUGAUUCACAUGUCCCGUCUGACUCACCCGGUUUAUCUGGUUCAUCUGAUUCACUUGGCUCACCUGGCUCGUCUGAUUCGUCGGCUCCACCAUCUGGAAUAUCGUCACCCUGGUCUGUGGAAGCUCUUCCAAGUUUUUUUUGGGGGGGGUAGUACCCGGACACAGGAGGGAGGCAGAGGACACCGAGGCGGAGGCCGAAGUGUACUCUGAUCCUCCCUUUCCUUGUGAUCUGGGUCUAUUCCUACCCCAUGACCCAGGUCCCAGCCUGCCCCAUGACCCAGGUCCCAGCCUGCCCCAUGACCCAGGUCCCAGCCUGCCCCAUGACCCAGGUCCCAGCCUGCCCCAUGACCCAGGUCCCAGCCUGCCCCAUGACCCAGGUCCCAGCCUGCCCCAUGACCCAGGUCCCAGCCUGCCCCAUGACCCGGGCCCACACCUGCCCCAUGACCCGGGCCCACACCUGCCCCAUGACCCGGGCCCACACCUGCCCCAUGACCCGGGCCCACACCUGCCCCAUGACCCGGGCCCACAUCUGCCCCAUGAUCCGGGACCAUGCUGGCCCCACGGCCCUGGACCAUCCUGGCCUCAUGACCCAGGACCUCUCCUGAACUGCCCUGCCUUGCCAAGAGGUCCUGGCCCACCCGCCCACCCUCCAUUUGGACUUUGUUAUCUGUAUGUUGGGCUCCGGGAGUCGCCCUUUAGAGGGGGGGUUCUGUAAUGGUUUUGUUCUGUGUUCUGUGUAUUUUUGUAUUUUGGACUUUUAUUUUGAUACUCUGCUCUGACUUUUAUUUUGAUAUUCAUCAUGCCAUGUCACGCUUCACACUUCCUGUUUGUUUCUGUAUUUAAGUCACUUCCUGUUCACCUGUUCCUGGCUGAUUAUUACAUAGCCAUCCUGUUUGUAUUUGCCUGUAUCCUGAAUCUGUUUACCUGUUAAUCUGUUUUUGUAUCUGUUCCUGUUUUGACCUGUGCCUGUAUUUGGAUUUAUUGCCUGUUCUGCCGCCU